CGGGCUCGGUGGUUAGAGACGCUGGGAGGAAGGGAGUGUCGCGCCGGUACAGCGACAGGGGAGCGCUGAGAAAAGGUUGUGCAACCUAAUCCAUCCACCAGUGUUUGAUGCAGCUCAGGCACAAAGGAACAUUAAACCCGAGCGAUCUGAAUAAGAGGCUUUAGGAGGCUCGUGCUCGGCGCAACGCCACCGUGUUUCAUAAAGGAACACGCUUCUGGGACGUUUCUGUGUGAUUUUUUUUUCCAUUGUUAGCACCUUCUGCUUUUGGACGUAUUUAAAUGAAUCGGCCCCGUUGGAUUAUUCCAGCACCGCUUCCUUCCCUAAUAUAGGCACAGUGAGCGGAGCGGCCCCGCUUCCCUCUGAAGUCUCGCUUUUGUCGUGUUGGUGAAGCGGAGCCCUGCUUUUCGGGUCGGGUCGGUCGGUCGUGUUCCUCCUGGAGCCGAAGCAUGCGGGCUUUGACGUGCGCUCUCUAGCCCGUGACUGCUCUCGCCUGAAGCCAUUUUUAAUUCUUGGACCCGCAAGCCUCUCGCGGCCCGCUCGGCGCCGCGGCGCAUACAUUAUUGGCACUAGACGUUUUUGGUCCUCGUCGCUCCCAGGUCGAUUCCCAGUCGCGCGUCUGGCUCUGGGCGCGGCUCGUGCGCCAUGGCUCGCUCGUCCCCCUCCAUCCACGCGUGCUUGGCGCUGGUCCUGGCGCUGGCCUGGGCUGCAGACGGCGCCCAGCGGGCCAAGCCGAGCGCGGAGAGCCCUCCGACGGUGACCCUCCAGACCCUGAUCGCGGGAACCUGCCACGAGGUCCAGCGCUACGCGGAGUCGGUGCUGGGGACGGGCGUGAUUCGCUCCACGGCUGAGAGUGCUGUGUUGUUUCUUGAGUCAUUGCUUGGUCAGGAGAACGUCCACACGGUGGCCACGUUUUUGGAAACGGUGAUCGGGUUCCUCGCUGAAGGAGCCGCAAGUGGCCUGAACGUCAUCGCUGUGUACGUCACAGAGAUCCUCAGGGUCACGGGAUGUGACGUUGCCCUGACGCUGCCUCGCUUCACCCCCGAGGGCGUGAGGGCCUUCGCUCAGUGGGGGCUGCUGGCUCUCAUUGGCUACUGGGUGCUGACCGUCGUGCUCCGUCUGCUGAUCGCCGUGCUGAGGCAGGUGUUCUGGGUGGUGAAGACCGUGCUGGCGCUGUGGCUCUUCGGUCUGAUGGUGACCGACAAGGCGGCCACGGCGGAGACCACGGCGGUCCGCGUCGCCGGCCUCGUGCUGGCGUGCGUCCUGUUGACUCUGCUCACGUCCCACUCGGAGAAGUCGUGCGCGGUGGAGCGUCGGCUGAGCACCCUGGAGGGCCGCCUGAAGGCCGUGGAGAAGAGGAAAGGGGAGCAGUGAGAGGCUGGGGUGGAGGUCCGGGGCUCUAAUAUGGACAGAGGCACUGGUGAAGUUGAUUAAGAAGAUAGUCAUUGAUUGUUCCUGUGUGUGUUUUAAACUAUUGUGGGAAAUAAAGUAAUCUCUGGGAUUUGUAUUAAA